AUGGAUGAUCAAGUAUGUGACUUACUUAGCAAAGUUGAUGAAAAUUUUAACAAUAGAGGUGUCAGUGUGGGCAAGUUUAAUAAAUUCAAGGAAUGCCAUUCUUAUUGUCCUUAUCAAGAUAAUUUAAAAGAAAAUAAAUGCACAACUAAUAAUGAUAGAAUGAGUGCUUUGAGUGCAUAUUUGCAUGAAAAAAUUAGUGAAAUUGAUAAAUCUUUUAAAAAUGGAGGAAAUAAUGGCAAAUGGCACAUUGAGAUUUUUAUUAUAUGGCUAGGCGAUAAAUUAUUUAAGAUAGAUAACGAUUAUAAAGCAACUCUGGAAGAAUCUUAUAAAAAGAAUUUAGAGAAUUCUAUGGGAAGUGUUAAUUAUUGGAAAGUUGUAGAUAGUAGACAAUUUUAUAAGAAAGCUACUAUUAAGAAAAUGAGCGAAUAUUAUAACUUACUUAAUUAUAUAUGUAAACUAAUUACUGAAUACAAUAAAAAUCCUGAUAACAGUCGUCUUAGAAAUUAUUCUUCCCAAUGUAGUAACUAUUACAAAACUAUUUAUAAUUCUAUUAAGGAAUGUAAACCAUAUCUACAAUUAUUGGAUAAUUUAAAAAUGAUAUAUGAAAUAUUUAGAAUGCAAAAAAUUGCUAAUAAUUCUAAUAUUAAAGAACCCAAAAGGACAAGAUUACUUAAUCGUAUUCAACAUCUUACAACAUUUGAAAACCGAAAUCAAUUAUUUGUGACUGUUAAUGCAGUACUUAGUUUUGAUGAUAAAGGGUGUACAGAUGUGAAAUCGAAGGAUGAGGAAAUUGGAAAAAGUAUUGAAUCAAAAAAUUUACAAGAUAAGCUAAAAGGCACUGGACCAACUAAAAAACCCGAUAUAGGACCACAAAAAAAAUUUUCCCCAAUUGCACCACAAGGAAAACAAAGGAUUCCGACACCUGAAAACCCACCAACAGCACGACAACCACAGCCAAAACCCAAACCAGAACCAAAACAUCAAGGACCACAAAAGAAAGAAUCACAAUCGCAACAACAAUCACUACAUACACCAACAUCGCCAAUAACAGAAAAUAAAAUACAACAACCGCCAGCAACACCAACAGAAACAAACCCACAAGAAAAAAAAACACAAGAAUCAAAACCACCAUCAGAACCACAACCAGUGCACCAACCACCAGUACCAUUACCAGAAGUACCACCAGCACCGCCAUCACAAGAUGGAAGUUCAUUACAAACAGCUAAAACAGGGGAAAUCCAUCAAAAUGGGCAAGGAGGUACAGUUGAUAGAAAAGGAGAAACAAGUAGUGGGUUGGGUGUUACACAAGAUAACCAAGGAGGAUCAUCUGGGGGAUCAGGCGAUAGACAAGGUAAUGGAGUCCAUGGAUCUGGAGGUGCAGGUGUUAGAUCAGGUGAUCAACCAGUUAAAGAUAGCCAAGAAGAUAUAGGCAGUGGGCAAGGUAGUCAAGGAAUUACAAGUAGUGAAUCAGGAGGGGGAGAUGAUGGACCGGGUCCUUCUAAAAGUGGGCAAAAGGCUUUAGACAGUAGCAAAGGAAAUAAAGACGGUGGAGGAAAUGGUGGAGCAGGAACUCCAGAUAGUGGAGAUAAUGGAGGAAGUAAUACCAAAGGCGACCAAGGAAAUCCAAACGUUGGAUCAAAUGAUCAAGGAGAUAAAAAUGAUGGAUCAAGUGAUCCCGCAUCAAGUAUAUCAGGAGGAUCUUUUGAUUUGUGGUCAGCAUUCCGUGAAUUCCUAUUAAAAGGAAAGGAAUAUUAUAAUAAUGCUUCCGAAUUUAUUAAAGAAAAUCAGCAAAGGCUUAAUGAUGCUAGGGAUCAAAUCAGUGGUGCAUAUAGUAACGCUGUGAAUAAUUUAAAAAAUGCUUAUAAUGCAUCUAGUAGUUAUUUUAGUGAUAUUAUUAGUAAUAUAUCUAGCCAAUUUAAUCAAGUUGACCAUCUUCCUAAACCAGGUGGUAGCCAUCCUGGAUCAGGCAACCCAUCGACUGGGGGAGAUUCAUCUAAUCAGUUACCACCAUCUCAACCACAAAAUACAACAGAUCCACCAACUCCACCACCAAAUUCACAACAAAAUCUACCAUCAACUCCAACAUUAAAUCCACCAUCACCAACUUCAGCAUUAAAUCACUCACCACCAUCAAAUCCAAUACAACAAACACAACCAUCUCCCCCAACACAGUCUAUCACAUUGCAAAACCCACAAACCGAUACAUCUAUUCAAAAAACAACUACCCAAAUAAAUGCUCAAUUGUUAAAAUUACCAAUUUCUGAUCCCAUUUCGAGAACCCCCUGGAAUAUAAUUCCAACUACAUGGAAUGGAUCAGUGGAAUGUAAACCUAAAAUAAAUUUUAUUAAUACCACAUUAAUGUGUUGCACAUCGGAACAGUGUAGUUUAACUGGAAUUUCAGUUACACUUGUUUUAAUACCAAUUAUUUUAUUAAUUGGGUAUAAGUAUUUAUCAUUUGGAUCAUCAAAAAAAUCGGAAAAAAAAAACAUGAAGAGAGUUAUAAAUUUUCAUGAUGGAAACAGAAAGACAAAAAUAAUUAUAAGUUCAAAUGAUAAGAAAAAAAAACUAAAGCCGAUUAUAAAUUCAAUUGGUGGAAAAAAGGGUCCAUUAUUAAAUAUAUACAAACUUAUACAGGCGGAUCCUAUGCCAUUUAUUAAUUUAUUUUUUUUGUUGAUUUUUUUUGUCUAUAAAAGAAAAAGAGACACCAUCGAAUGA